AUGUCAGCGGGGGAGUUGGAGCCUGGCUCUGCGAGCAGCGCCCUCUUGCCCGACCCGCUGGCAGGCCCACUUCGUGCUACGCAGCUUUUCGAUGAAGCACUGAGACUGAUACAGGGGCUUCGUGCAGAGAAGACCCUCGCCGGGAGCAUAGGCGCUGUUCUGCUUGUCAAGGACAGGGCCGACGCGGACAGCCUGAAUCUGCGUAUCGAUGAAGCCUAUGGCACAGUUGACGAUGCAGAAGCUGAAACGAACGUGGAGCACGCUUGUGUUGCUGCUGACAUUGAUGGUUUCGUUGAGCAGCUUGAGAAGAUGGUGCAGGAUAUAUUGGUGGUUUGCGUAUUGCCGUCGGCAGAUCAGGAGAUUCAGCUUGAGCUGCCCUGUGCUGCAAUGGAGCGCCUGCAGAGGUGCAACGUGUGGUUCUUGAGCGCUCAAGAUGCCGCCGUGAUAUGCACCUCCGACGGACCACUCCGUAGCAACAUCCAGUUCGAGGGCAUGACCUGCAAUCUUCCGAGCCAGGCCUCGAUGCAAUUGCCCGGCGAGGUACUGGUGGGCGGCGCAGCAGCCGCCACCGGUGCCGGUGUUGCUGCUCUGGCUCAGGUAGGCACGCUGGCUGCCACGACCAACGGCAUCGUGUACGCCGUCACUGGUGGUGCUGCUGCUCUUUCAAUCGGUGCGGGCUUUGCUGUGGUGGCGUCUGUGGGGGCCGUGGCCGGCCUCGCUGUUGGCUUGCCUCUGGCCAUGUGUGUGCAAGGACGCAGCCAUGGCGCAGCAUCGCAAGACAAGGUCGAGCUUCCAGCUACCUUCGCCUCGGAGGACGGCGGCGGUGCUUUCGCGCCCGGCAGCGAAGCGUCGAAUGCUUGGGAUGGUGACCCUGAGACCUUUUACGACGCAUCUGCAGCCUCCGGGAGCUUCACUGCUGGAGACCUACAGCGUAGCCAUACGAUUGGGUCGAUCCACUUCGUGGCGAGGAGAGGUUUCACGCACAGCAUGAUUGGCGGCAAGUUCGAGGCAGCAAACAGCCUCUCGGGACCCUGGGAGCUUCUCCACACGAUCAUCUCCGAGCCAUUGGACAACCCGCUCGUCAACAAGGUCGAGGUCCAGGCUGAGCAGCCCUUUCGGUUCGUCC